AUGUCAGUCGCACCACGGACAAUGCUUCAUUUUUCGGUGGAAGUUGAAUCAGUACGACCAUGGGAGUAUGUAUUUGUUACAGGUUCACUGCCAGCUUUAGGUGGAUGGAUACCAUCCGAUGCAUAUCCUUUACUUCCGGAUCCGGAUUCUGCUAGGCAACUUUGGGAAGGUGCAGUGGAAGUUGGAUCAGAUCUGGUAAAAUUCCGUUAUUUCAUUGGAUAUUAUUUGCAUGGUGGUAAAGCAGAAGAGAAAAAUGCAAGUCUUUUUUGUUACUUGAAUGAGGACCGAAAAAUGAAACAAAAGGAAUUGGUCGUUAGUAAAUGGGAAUCAUUUUUAAAUCCCAGAUCCGUUUUGCCAACUGUUGAAUCGUUUUCGGGUGUGUGCCAUUUGCAUGUCACCGACAAAUUUGGCUGGAGUUCUGGCAAAAAACUUAUAAGUGAAGCUUCACUUGUGGGAAAGAAUCAGAACGAAAUUUUACUUCGCUUUCACGGAAAUCCAUUUAAAUUCUAUAAGAAACGUUAUGCGGGACGUUCUUACUGCAUUAAAGUAACACCGUUCGAUCUGAGACAUAGAGAGGCUGGCAGUAUAGAUGAGGAUGAUAACGAAGAAGGUCAGGAUGUGAUGGAACCAGUAAUGCCGUCAUAUUCGAUAGCACAUAUUGCUAUUUUAUCAUCGGAUGAUCCACACUACCGCGAACAAUCGCCAUCCGGUGAUCGCUUUAAAGUGGGCAGCGAUUAUUUUAUAUUCCGGACGCGAUCGGUUGCGGUGGAGUUUCUUGGUUUCCGGAUAGAAUUAUUUGCUUAUGACGAAGAAAGUGGACCAUCAGUGGAGCGUUUUGCAAUUGCGUAUGCACUGCCUUCAUCAUUCCACGGUACAUUUGGUGUUGCUGGUGAACCGCUUUUGGUGAACAAUCGUCCAGUUGGACAAAUUAAUGUGGAAUAUUUGUUCAUUCGACCACUUUUAACAUCAUGUGCGGUACAGAAAAUGGAUAUCACCUAUGCUAAACAUUGGAAGAAGCGGCAACCUCUUGAAGUUGGUCACAGGGGUAUGGGUAAUUCGUAUACGAAAAUGAAUGCAGGCCGUGAGAAUACAAUACAUUCGCUUAAUACUGCUGCAAAACGUGGUGCUGAUUAUGUUGAAUUCGAUGUUCAACUUUCAAAAGAUAAGAUUGCUGUUAUAUUUCAUGAUUUCCACGUUUUGGUUACUGUAGCAAAACGUCGCAUUCCUCGCUUGGAAACGCAACCCCCUGAAGCAGCUAAUGAUUAUCAUGAAAUCGCUGUGAAAGAUUUGCGAUUGAAACAGCUUCAGUUACUUCGCCUGGAGCAUUAUAAAGCGAAUCAGGCUCAGACGAAGCAGAAUUACACAAAAGUAAGUGCUGAAGCAGAUGAACAAGAUGAACGCCUGCCGUUCCCGACUCUGGUAGAUGCAUUACGUCAAGUUGAUUCAUCUGUGGGCUUCAACAUCGAAAUAAAGUAUCCAAUGAUGCAAAAGAAUGGAUUGCAUGAAUGUGAAAAUUAUUUCGAGCGCAAUGAUUAUAUUGAUAUUAUUCUCAAUGACGUAUUCAGUAAUGCUGGCGAUCGUCGAAUCGUGUUCUCUUCAUUUGAUCCUGAUUGCUGUGCCUUAUUGGCAGCGAAGCAACAUUUGUAUCCAGUAUUAUUCCUUUGCGUUGGUGUUACAACGCGUUACGAACCGUUUGUUGAUUUACGUUCAUCAACUUCUAAUGCUGCUCUUAAUUUCGCGGCUUGCAUUGAUAUCCUGGGUGUGAAUUUUCAUACCGAGGACUUGUUAAGAGAUCCAUCACCGAUACAACGUGCUCGAAAAUUUGGUUUAAUAUCGUUCGUUUGGGGUGAUGAUCUUGAUAAUAGAGAAAAUAUUGAUUACUUCAAAAAAGUACUCCGUGUCGAUGGUCUAAUUUAUGAUAGGAUUGGUGAAAUCGAGGCACGUCGAAACGUUUUUCUGGUGGAGCGUGAAGCAAAAGCAUCAUUAUUUCGACAGAGCAAUUCGCCAACUACAUCUCGUACCGUUUCACUUGACGAGGGACCACCAUCACCGACUGCAUCGGAAAAUUCGCAUUCCUCAGGGUCUACUGCUUCAUCAAACAGUUCUUUUUGUUUGCACCACACACAAGCUCCUUUUUCGUUCAGAAGAGCAUCAACCGCAUUGGAUGAUGUAAAAGUGAAUAAGAAUAGUAGUGGGAUAAAUGGAGAAAGUCAAUUUACAUCAAUUAGUUUUUUACAUUCUACGCCAUAUUCUUAG